CACUGAGCAUGUCUCUGCAGAGUGGCUCAUGCUGCACAAAGGCAGCAGCAGACGGAGGAUCUCGCUGCAGACAAAGCACCCCUUGCUCUCCAGUAGCAUUAGACACAUUUCUUGCCUUCAAUCAUCAUUUUAGUAAACUGAGAAAAAAAUGUCUGACCUGCUAGGAAAGAUGGAAGCCUGAGAAUAUGGGGAAUCAGGACGGUAAAUUGAAGAGAGCUCCUGCUGAUGUGCGGGAUAGAGCGGAAUCCAGGCCUGAAGACAGAGAGAACGUCAAGAAGGGAGGCAGAAAGGGCCAUGGAAAAAGCAACGAGAAGAAAAGAAGCAAAUCGGAAUCCAGGGCCUCUGUGUUUUCCAAUUUAAGAAUCAGAAAGACUCUGUCCAGGUCUAAGGAUGGCACCAGUGGGUCCAAUGACGACGUCUUAGGAGGGCAGCACCUGCCAGCAGACGAGCUGGACAGCACCCACUCAGUUGUUACCAAGACGCCAGAUAGAAGCAUCUCUGCGGAUGAGGGAGGCCUCUCUGAUACCGAUGCUGAGCUCUCUCACGUCAACAAAUCCUUGGUAGCAGCUGCUGGCCAUGAAACCCAGGGAGGACAAAAGACCAGUUCAGGCUCUGACACAGACAUAUACAGCUUCCAUUCAGCCACAGAACAAGAUGAUUUGCUCUUCGAUAUCCAGAUGGCAAUCAAAAUGCAGUUCUCUCAGGAGGGGUCUCAGGGAGGAGAAGCUGAUCAUCUGUCGAAAGUUCUUCAAGGACCCCUGUCAAGUUCUCACACUUUAUUUUGGGAUGCAGGAGAUCAGCUGGCGUCUAAUAAGGAAAGAAUUGUCCCUCAAGUUCAGACAUGUGAGAAGGAAGACAUUGCACCUAUUAAUGCAGAGCAAGGACCAAAAAAGCUCAGCAUCUCUGAAGAAAGUAAUCAGGCUCCUGUAGCAGAGACUAACACUGAUGGCUCUUCUACCCAAGAACAUGGGGAAUUGGGGAAUUCUUUGCUCGCAAAGUACAGGGAGGAUUUAGACACAGGUGCAGUUGUGGUGUCAUUGGAGAGGGACCUGGGAAAUGAGACAAAUAUAAAAGAAGAUACUGGAGAUGUACUUCUCCAAACCACCUAUGUGGAAGAGCUUUCAGGAGCUAGACCAGGUACUCUAGAAAACUCUACUUCCAGGAACUCUUUUGGUCUGGUACAAACAGCUCAAAGGGAAUGCACAUCUUGGGAUGGUCCUUCCGUGAAGCAGUUCUUACCAAAAGAUGAUGCAGGGCUUAGAAAAUAUACUGGUAACACAAGCCGAUCUGCAGACUGGACAAGUGAGCUGAUCAAGGCCCAGAACAAAAGCAGAAGAAAAGGAAGCAUUUCAGACAAAACACUUGGAAGUGGUGUACCAAGAAAGUCUUCAAGUGUUCCAGCAUCUUCUCUCAGUUUAUCCAAUGCACUUCAAGGACAAACAUUACUGGAGAGACUGUUUAGUCAGCAGAGAAAUGCAGCUGAGGAUACAGAAAAUCUCUGCUCUGAAAUUGUUGCUAUAAGCCUACUUCUUCCUUUUAGUGACUGCUUUCGGGAGCAAUGUACCAAAAGCACAGAGAACAUUUCCUCCAACAUCCAUCAAAGUCAGUUUUCAACAUGGACUGCAGUUAAUCAACCCACUCAUUCAUCGAACUCACUUGAAGGAUGCUUUCCUCAAAGAAGUCAAGCACCACAGUUACUUUCAUCCAUCUCAUUAGAUGAAGAACCUGAAAAAACUUCUGAGGAUUUUGGAUUUCAAACAAAACCAUUGAAAUGUACACAGGAGAUUAUGGAUAAGGACAUGAAGGAAGAUCACAUAAAUAUAAUACAGCAGCUAGAACAAACAAUACAAGAUUUGAAGGCUAAACUUGCAGAGCAUGAAAGACGAUAUAUGCAACCAAGUGUUACUGCAAUUAAUGAAUUGCAAGAUCAACUUAUUUUUUCUUCAGAUCCAAUGGCAGUGAAUGACUGUACUCAAAAUAUGUCACUAAGGAAUAAUGUACAAGGAAAAUCUGUGCAGACAUCUCCAGUAGCUGAGUAUGCAAUACAAGAAGUGCCUUUGUUUCACACAAAUACAUUUCAGAAUUCUUCUGGAAGGCUUUUUUUUUCACAGUGUGAUGAUUGUUCAGUAGUCUUACAGCAGAAGUCAAACAGCAGAAGUCCUAAUAAUGACAUAGAAUGUUUAAAUCCUCCAUCAAGCAAAGACAAAUCUUCUGGGCAUGUUUUGGGCUCUUCUAGCCCUGCUUUAAACUGUGUAGAAUAUUUAAAACAACAGGAUAAUUUGCCUGAAGAUAACAUUUCAUCUUUCUCCCAUACUUGUAGUACAGAUACCUCUUUAAUUUUUUCUUCACCUAGUAUUGUACAUCAUAUUUGUAAAGACAUUCCUCCUGCCCCUCCAUUACCAUCUACCAAUAUAGUUAAUGAUUUAUCUCAACAAAAACUUAAAAAAAUAUGUAAUUCCUCAGUACAUAUGCCAAUACAAUUACAUCAUCCACCAAUCCCUCCCCCUCCACCUUUGCCAUGCUCUAAAGCAAUUCCUAAUUUUCCAGCACAAAUACCACAUAGUAUAAACACUACUAAACAUUGUAUUCCUCUUCCAUGUUCAGUGCACUCUACCACUGCAAUACCUCCUUCACCACCAUAUGUUACAUCUUCUUCUCUACCACCACCACCAGCUGAAACUGCAAUACCUCCCCCUCCUCCUCCUACCCCACCUCCACUGCCAUCAUUACCAGGUUUUUCGUCUCUCCCAUUGCCUCCUCCACUGCCUAGCGUCAGUGGUAUUCCUCCCCCACCACCACCACUUCCAGGUACCACAGUCAUUCCCCAUCCUCCUCCUCUACCACCAGCGCCACCUUUACCAGGUACCUAUCAGAUUCCUCCUCCUCCUCCUCCCCCUCCUCCUCUACCAGGUACUUCAGCAGAUCUUUCUGAUUCGCCUCUGACACAUAAUAUUGCAAUUCCACCCCCUCCUCCUCCACCACCACCACCACCACCUAAUUUACCACCACCUUUAUUCAAUCCUCCUGCUUUCACUGGUUAUGCUCAUCCUCAAACAUUUCUACCACCUCCUCUGCCAGCUGGAUUAUUUACAAUAGGAUUAAGCCAUGACAAAGAUAAUAGGAAAGCUGCAAUUGAACCUACAAGACCUAUGAAGCCUCUUUACUGGACAAGAAUUGAACUACAUGGGAAAAGAGAUUUCAACAGCCCACUUGUUUGGGAAGUAGUUAAUGAGCCUAAAGUAGAUGUUCAUGAACUUGAAAGCCUAUUUUCUAAAACUGCAGUAAAAGAAAAAAAGAAACCUAUUUCUGACACUAUAACCAAGACAAAGUCCAAACAAGUUGUCAAGCUUUUGAGCAAUAAAAGAUCUCAAGCAGUAGGAAUAUUAAUGUCCAGCCUUCAUUUAGACAUGAAAGAUAUUCAGCACGCGGUUUUGAAAAUGGACUAUUCGGUGGUUGAUUUAGAAACACUUCAAGCUUUAUAUGAAAAUAGAGCUGUCUCAGAAGAACAAGAGAAAAUUGAAAAAUAUGUUAAGACUUCGAAAAAUAAAGAUAGUUCCAAACCCCUAGACAAACCUGAGCAGUUCCUUUAUGAGCUAACAACAAUACCAAAUUUUUCAGAACGUGUGUUCUGCAUUUUGCUGCAAACAACUAUAUCAGAGAUAAUUGGUGCUAUCGAACGCAAGCUAGAUCUACUACAGAAAAUUUGUAAGAUUUUAAAAGAAGAUCCUGCUGUUCUGCGUGUUUUGGGUUUGAUUCUAGCAAUUGGAAAUUAUAUGAAUGGAGGAAACAGGACGCGAGGACAAGCUGAUGGAUUCGCAUUAGACAUUUUGCCAAAACUAAAAGAUGUAAAGAGCAAUGAUAACAGCAGGAAUUUGCUUUCGUACAUUGUUUCAUACUAUUUACGCCACUUUGAUGAGAACACUGGGAAGGAAGAAAGCACUUUCAUAUUGCCAGAGCCUCAGGAUCUGUUUCAAGCCUCCCAAAUGAAGUUUGAAGACUUUGUGAAGGAUCUCCGUAAGUUAAAGAAAGAUGUGCUUGCAUGUGAGACAGAAGCCUCAAAGGUGUAUCAGAAAUGUUUAGAAGACCAUUUGCAACCUUUCAAAGGCAAUAUAGAUGACUUCGUAAGCAAAGCUAAAAUAGAACAUGAGAAAACUGAAAAAAAAAUGGCUGAAGUUCAUUCAAGGUUUCUCGAAACUGCAUCCUAUUUUUGUGUAAAGCCAAAAAUAGGUGAAAAGGAAGUAUCGCCAAAUUCUUUCUUUAGUAUUUGGCAUGAAUUUAGCACAGAUUUUAAAGAUUGCUGGAAAAAAGAAAGCAGGCUAAUUUUGCAGGAGAGGUUGAAAGAAGCAGAAGACGUAUAUAAGCAAAAAAAAGAAAAGACGUCAAUAAUAGUGAAACCUAAACAUGAGUCUGGAAUUAAAGCAAAGCUGAGUCUACUAACACAAUGAAGCAAAAUAAUAUCCAAAGAAGAACCUUGUGCUGUCAGUUUCAGUGGUGUGCCAUUUUUGUUACAUGGAUAUAAACAAGACUGAUAAUAAAUUCCCUAUUUUUAAUUAGCGUGUUAUAGAAUUGAAUAUCUUUUUAAUUCCCUUUCAAAAAUGUUCAUGUAUGCAACAGACAGCCUCUGUUCAACGUGAGCAGAAUCUGUCAAACUGAAUAAUUUGAUAUGUAAUUUUGUGUAAUAAAGUCAGAAUAUGCUUGUAGAUUGUGAUUUUUUUUACU